UGCUACGUCCGCCGGGAUUUCCCCCCACUGCCUCUGGGCGCGAUGCUCCGCUGGAUGCGUGGCUUCCUGCUGACCGCCCAGAGCGAUGAUGAAGGCGAAGACCAAGAGUCCAACCGCCGCUAUGAAAACCUCUUCCGACAGCUGGACCAAGACGGGAAUGGCAAGGUGGACAUCAUCGAGCUGCAGGAGGGUCUCAGGAAGUUGGGCAUCUCUGUGGGCAAAGACGUGCAGGAGGAUCUUUUGAAGGCUGGUGAUACUAACCAGGAUGACCAGCUAGAUUUUGAAGAAUUUAUGCAAUAUCUUAAAGACCAUGAGAAAAAAAUGAAGUUGGCAUUUAAAAGUCUGGACAAAAAUAAAGAUGGAAUAAUUGAAGCCUCAGAAAUUAUCCAGUCUCUCAAGACACUAGGUGUAGAUAUUACUCAACAACAGGCAGAGAAAAUUCUUCAAAGCAUCGAUACUGAUGGGACCAUGACAGUGGACUGGAAUGAAUGGAGAGAUUACUUUUUAUUUAAUCCAGCGACAAACGUUGAAGAAAUUGUACGAUUUUGGAAACGCUCUACUGGGAUCGACAUAGGGGAUGCUUUAACUAUUCCUGAUGACUUCACAGAAGAAGAAAAAAAAUCUGGGGUGUGGUGGAGGAGUCUGUUGUCAGGUGGAAUAGCUGGUGCAGUCUCUAGAACCUGCACAGCACCAUUUGAUCGUCUGAAAAUUUUUAUGCAAGUCCAGCGUGUACAGUCAAAGCAUAUUCAUCUUACUGAGGGAGUUAAGCAUAUGAUUAGAGAAGGAGGCAUCCUAUCUCUCUGGAGGGGAAAUAGUAUGAAUAUUUUAAAAAUUGUACCAGAAACGGCUAUUAACGUUUCAGUAUAUGACCAGUAUAAGAAAUUGCUUACUAGUAGAGACAGCACCCAAAUUAACAAUAUUGAGAGAUUUGUUUCUGGUUCUUUGGCUGGAGCGACCACACAGACCUUAACUUACCCCAUGGAGGUUAUAAGGACAAGGAUGGCUCUAGGUAAAACUGGACAAUACUCAGGAAUACUUAGUUGUGCCAUAAAAAUUAUGAAGAAUGAACCCCUUGGAACCUUUUACAAAGGCUAUAUCCCUAACUUUCUGAGCAUCCUUCCUUAUGCUGGUGUAGAUUUAUCUGUCUAUGAGAUUAUGAAGAAUUAUUGGCUAGAUAAUUAUGCCAAAGAUUCAGUAAACCCUGGGAUAUUGGUGUUGAUGCUAUGUAGUGCCUCAUCUAACUUUUGUGGUCAAUUAGUAAGCUACCCACUGAAUCUAGUGAGAACUCGGAUGCAGGCCCAAGAAGGAACUCCACAGCGGAACAUUUUUUAUUUCUUUCAAGAAAUAUUUGUCAAAGAAGGGAUAACCGGCUUCUUCAGGGGCAUCACUCUGAAUUUUAUGAAGUUGCUUCCAGCAGUCACCAUCAGCUGUUUGGUUUUUGAAAAAGUACAAAAAACUUUGGGAGUAACCUAGAAAUGAUAUAUGUGAACUAUUGGCACUGAGCAGAGGGGCUUAAAAGCACAAUUCUUGAAUUAACUUUUUCUUUUAAACUGCAGUGGUCCAUGUGAAGAGAUGUAGUAUCUUUAUCCAAGAGGAAAGAGAGUAUCAAAUGGCACAUAGAACAUCUUACUUUAAUUUUGUAUAUGCUGGAAUUUAAAAAUUAAAUCAUAGUUUUGAUGUUAUUUAUAAACUAUAUCCUUAAUAUGUUUAGAAUUCUAUUUGCCUUCCCUACUGAGAUUUCCAGAAUCCUAACCUGAAAUUUGCAUAUUUGAAUUGAAACACAUUUUAGGAUGAGAUUUAUA